AAUUCUACACAAUUAAGUCGGCUACUCAGUGAAUUUUGUCAAGCACGUGCGUCUUACCUAUAACAAGUCGAUUACACGCUAUUGGUCAGAGUGUAGGAGGGAGUUUGGCUUGUUUGGGAGACGCGUAGAUCGAGCACAAACUUGUUAUGACAGAUUGCAUUCUCUCGAUGCGUCUAGUGCAUAUAACACGUAACACCUUACUGCUUGAUAGCUCUUUCCAAAAGUUAUAUUUCCAAUUGUUUUUCAUAUUUUUCUUUACAAAAAGAGAAAUGGGUCGAAAAGCAGAGCUGAGUGUAGAGACACGAGCAGUCAUUGUGGCAUUACACGAAGAAGGUUAUACAACGCGGAAAAUUGCUUCUAAAUGUGAUGUUUCUCAAACUGCAGUCAUGGGAGCGUUACAAAGAAAGCGAAGUGAACCUAAACUUUUGACCGGUAGUGUAUAUCGCAUUAGUGGUAUAACCUACCGAUAAGAUAGCGUUGCUGCUCGUGCUAACAGUCUAUACAGAGAUGAGUGGGGAGAUGCACAACGCUCCAGUUUUAGGCGAUACCAAAAGCAUGGCGCUAAAUCGUAGCGGCGAGUCCAGGAGUAGGAUUUCGUCAUCAUCGCCUCUGUCGAUGUUACAGAUUUCGCGUAGCCGCGCGGGUCAUGAUUAUCGUUCCAGCCGGUAUUGC